AUGCGAGAUACAGGCAAGACAGGAGGCAAACCCGGUGCCGCCGGUGGUAAAGGACGAAAGAGACGUGAGAAAGGUGCAGCUCGUAAGUUUGUGACGUCGUUGGAGGAGAUAACAGCGCGUGAUGAGCAGGAAGAGCAGAAACAAAACGCUCGUAAGGCUCGUCGUGAAGAUGGAGACGAAGGAAGCGAUGAGUCGGAAGAUGAGAGUAAUUCCGAAGAAGAAGGAGAAGAACUGGUGGCCUUUGAGCGUGUACAGAGUAACUCGCUGUUUGGGUUUUCUCAAAAGGCAGACGGUCCUUUGUUGCAACAGGAGAAGAAGGUCGGGUUUGCUGCAAUUGCCAAGACAAAGAACCCGAAUUCCAAGAAGAAUAGCAGUAAAGUGAUGAAGGCAAAAGAUAUGGAUGAGAAUGCAGCUCCACAAGAACUGAGUCGACGAGAACGAGAGGCUAUUGAGAAGGAACGGGCUGCAGCUUAUUAUCUAAAGAAACAUUUGGCUGGAGAGACGGAUGAAGCGAAGAAAGACUUGGCAAGAUUGGCUGAGGUCAAGCGUCGUCGUGAAGAGGCUGAAAAACGCAAGGAAGAGGAAGAAGCUGCUGCUGCGGAACGUGCAAAGGGCGGCAAAAAGGUGCACGUCAAGGACAAUGAUGAUCCUUUGGAUGCUCGUGCCAUUAAGGCGCUUAAGCCGGCGGUUCUGAAGGAGAAGCUUAAGGAACGCGACUUGUCGACGCAGGGGCAGAAAAAGGAGCUCAUCCAGCGUCUUAUUGACUACGAGAAUGAGCGUGCUUUAUAG